AUGAACAAGUCCUCCCAGGAAAAGAUCACUUCUAAGCUCUUGCACAUGCUACGAAAUGUGGCAGGAGGGAAAGAAGUCUUAGAUUCUUUGAUGUCCGAUCACAAACGCUGUGGUUUGGUAGCUAAAAACCUCUACAAUGUCUGUGAGGAAUUGGCUCAGGAUAGGGAGCGGAUCGAAAGCGGUAUCGAAAGAGCGACAGAGCUGGAUCCGACCAUGAAAAAUAUGCUCAGAGAAAUUGGGAUUGAAUCACCGUUGCUGGAGACAUCAACUAAAGCAAGCAGUGGACAAGGGAUUGGGCAUGGUCAAGUGGAUGAUCGUUUCCACGCUGGCGACAUGGCGCCACAGACUCGACAGCCUCGGCCGAGUGCGACGCAGCGCUCGUCUCUCCAUCAGGGACUGCCGGUCACAACCCAGAGACAGUCUCCUCCGCAGCCCAUCUCGGACCUGAGCGUGUCGUGGCCAAUGAACCAAAAUCCAUAUCCAAGCUCAGGAAAUCCUCCAUCGAACCACGUCCAGCCCCCGUCUCAUCUCGCGCCGGGCCUCCCUCAAGGCCCGGUGGGCACAAUGCAGCAGCAAAAUGGAUUCACCGUUGAUCCGGGGCAGUUUGGCGCCUCGACUGCCAACGGCAACGGACUCUCUGUGCACCCCUCUCAGAUUCCGACGACUCAGCAGGGUAUGGCUAACUGGGAGUUUGCUACACAAAACCCAGUUUCCGCCGCAUCUACAAAUGGCCAUACCCAGCAUCCCGAUAUAUACGACCUUGACCGCUUUUUUACUAGCCUGGGGGAGAAUAUUUAA